CUGAAAUCCAGAGGCUGGAGAAGAACUAAGCCGUGAAUGCGUCUCGUCUUUCAUAGGGCGUUGGUAUUUGCAUGGUAUUAAAAGAGCCUAUUGGGCGUCUUUCUCUCGCGUAUGAUCAGCAAGUGCAUUGAGAGAAUUUCCUGUUGGUAGUUUCUUUGUAAAGAAUUAUACUCUUUUUGAAUAAAAGUUGCUCAAACACUGGAUUAACUAAGGAAGUACUUGAUUUUUACAGCACGAGAAUGCCACCAUUAAAAGCGGCGCUUCCGCUCAUGCAACUUCUUGCCUGCGUGCAAGGGCGACAGUAGGCAACGUGUGACAUUGUUGUUCUAAGCAGACUGCCGUGGUGAACGUGGGACUUGUAGCGCGGGGCUUGGCUUGAUCGACCUGCGCGUAGUGCUGGGACAUCAACGCCUACAAGAAGACAUAUAAGACGAACAUCAUGCCAUGGCCACGGCGGUCGGGUCUCCCGUGCCGUGCAGUGCAGGGGCCGAUGUCGCUGAGUCAGCAGACUUGUCUGAUGAAGCACUUGCGAGGCAACUCCAGCCGCAGGAGGAUGCACGAGUUAACCGAGCACCUGUAAACCUCGUCGUUGUUAUGUUUAAUGUACUCUUGUGCUUUUUUCGAAUAGGUAAUCAUUUGCGUCGUUCUUUCUUUAAGUAAGAUCUCUAUGUAUUGCACUAGUAAUUUCUUUGGUGGUUCGUCACAUCUAAUAUGUGAUAGAAGGGUAAACUGAUGUUGUAUAACCACGAUGGUGGGUCUCGAGACAGAAGCACGUGAACACUGUUUAGCGUGCGAGAUCGGAAACGGAAGAAAGCACACUCUAAAACGCGGCAGCCCGUGCUUCCGGGUGCGCAAUCCUUCCAUCGAAACGAGGUCCAAGCAGGCGUGCCUCAGGGGAGCCCGCUCGGAGGAUAUGCAGGAUACAAUGUUAUGCGGAAAUAGAAGGAGUCUGUACUCAUCUACAUCCAGCAUUUAUUAAAAGUACCUGCGAAGAGGAAACACAGGCCCGCGGAACGAGGGCUCGAUUUAUUUCCUUCUUGAGGCGACAGUUUCCUGUUCCUCCACGCACGCUAUCUCCUUCUCCUUCAUUUUUUGCGAUCCGGCAUCGAACGGCUUCGCGAAUCCAGGCCCACAAAGAUUCAUAGCUGCGGGUCCACCGGUAGGCUUAGGCGCACUUGUUUUGGUGAAUGCCCCUUCAAUCGAGGAACAGAAGCUGGUACUCUUUUUUGUUUCCAGUCAAGCUUGUUCAUCUUUCUUAUGUUUUUCCGUUCCUAGGGCGAUCGAUUUGUAUUACAACUUCUCUUCGCCUUUGGGUUUGCGUAUGACGAGUCAUCUUUGGAGCUGUCUCUUUCUUGACAUUUUUCACAAAAUAGUAGAUUUAUCACUAGGUCGAUAUCAACCUUAGUUAAGUAGUUAUUUACAGGCCUCUAAGUAGUAAGUACAAACAUUGAAACAUCAGAUUCGGGUACUGUAUUACAGCGGAACGGUGCAGUGCAUUGUGCUACUGAACUUUGUUUUCACGUUCAUUAGCGUGAUGUAUCCUUCCACAUACAAGACUUAAGGCCUCGAGAAAUUCAUCUGCAAUUAUAGCGUCUUGUACUUAGAGCUGUUCGCGGCCAACUGUAGCAUCUUGUUCGGAUGUUUUCGUAGUAGGGACUGACAUGUUUUCCCAUGGUACUGUAAUCUUCUUCACGAAUUCAUAGCACGGGCAUUUUUUUUUGUUCUUCUCGUUGAAGGGACAUUGUCAAGAUGCUCUGGUGCAAGAUGAAUCCAUUCAUUUUGCAGUUCUAAAACACGUUCAUGGCACUGCUUGCGCCAUUUGGGUUGACCGGAUUUAUUGGCGCGCGCCGAUUCAGUCAAUUCUGGCUCACCGUACUCAAUUUUAUAUCUUCUGAUUCUUUGGCAAACCACUGCAGUGACCACUGUAGUCUUCUUGGGUCUUCAAUCAAUUCUUCUUUCGACUUGGUCGUGCAACCACUGCAGUGAACAGGAGAGGCGUCGGCCCUUUCAAUCACUCCUCCGCGACCAUCAUGAGUAGUUAGAAGCUGCGAAGACUGGCGAAGCAAAAGGAAAAGUCUAAAUGUUUCGAGACUACAAAAAUCUUCAGGCGUACCAGUUUUAUCUGGUAGCUGAGCUGGGAUUAAGGGCGUGGAUUGUGAUCGACUCGGAAGGUCAAAGCUCGGAGCAAGUCGACGGGGCGCAAACCUCUACGUCAGCGCGCUAUUUUUGGUAUGGACAGGAUAGACUACUCUGAGUUUGAGGUGCUUAAAAGAUAGCCCUAGGAUUUGGUAAGACCUUGGUCGCAGUUCUUCGAGCAAGAUCGGAUGUACUUAAGUAGAUGAUCGUACUAGUCGCACCAAUCUUCAACGUCGUUUUUCUAACCUGCGUUGUUGCUUUUUGGUCUGGUAAACGCUUAUAUUUGGGUUCUCGUGCAGCGACUGAAGGGCUACAUUCAGCAGCUUUCAAGAGACGAACUUGGUUCGCUUAUCAGAGGUGACGUUCAUCCAUCGGGUCGCUUGCGCCGUCGUUCUCCAGUACAUUCAUCCACUCCGGGACCCGCUGUAAGCUAGGUGCGACGGCACGCGAACCAUACUCUCAAUAGCAGAUGAUAGCAGGCGAACGUGUACGUGGUUUCAGUUUUUCAAUCACGAGGAAGAGCGACAUGCCGCCCGACUGCUGCAAAACUGCUAAAUAUUUCUUUCACGUACAAGACUGCUCAACCACGUAACAAGAUGCGGCCAGGGAUCACCAACUUGAGUCAGGAAUAAGAAGGUCGUGAAUUGGUUGGCUUGCUCGUGACCCUCCAGGGCGUAUCAUGAUGCAGGUGCAAAGAAGUGUUCAAGUCCAAUGUUUCAGUUUUAGCCACCGGCAUCAUAAUAUUUCGCGUACCAAUUUCUAGUAGAAGGCGGCUUCGAGAGCUGACGAUUACUUCACUGAUUCGUGCAUAUGCGGUACACGAAAUAAAG